ACACUCUUCGAUCCUCUCCCUCCCUCCCCCUCUUUCUACUCACCUUCGAUUAUAUUGUCCUUUCGAAUAUAAUUUCCUGAAAAUUUAAAAAAAAAAAAAUCCCAUGUAUCUUUGAUUUGAUUGAUUCUGAGAGAAGAGAAACAGAGGAAAAAAUAAAAGAUGAAGUUUUGCAAGAGAUACGAAGAGUACAUGCAAGGAAAGGAGAAGGAGCUCCCUGGGGUUGGAUUAAAGAAGCUGAAGAAGAUAUUAAAGAGAUGCAGGAGAGAAUUCCAAUCCGGGGAUCAUCAAAUGGAGCCCAACCCAGUUGAUGGUGGAGAUUCAAUUGCUAGACCCAAAUGCCCUGAUCAAUGCCCCGUGUGUGAUGGAAGUUUCUUCCCUGCUCUUCUUGAGGAAAAGUCGGCAGUUGCCAGUUGCUUCAAUGAGCGCGCCCAGAAAUUGCUCGAGUUGCAUCUAACUUCAGGCUUUCGCAAGUAUUUCAAGUGGUCUAGAAGCAAGAAGCGACGAAAUCAUGGAGUUUUAAUACAAGAAGGCAGAGAGCUGGUCGCUUAUGCUAUCAUUAAUUCUGUUGCCAUGAGGAAGAUAUUAAAGAAAUAUGACAAGAUUCAUUAUUCUAAACAAGGGCAAGCAUUUCGAGCUCAAGCACAAAGCUUGCACAUUGAGACCCUUAAAUCUCCAUGGCUCUGUGAAUUGUUGGCUUUCUACAUCAAUUUGAGAGAGGAAGAUCCCAACAUGAAGGCGAUCCCUGGCAUAUUUGGCAAUUGCUUGCUCACAUUUGAUGAUGAAAGACCCAUUCUUCAAUGUGGCUUAUUUGAUUCAGUGAAGCUUGAAGUGGAUUUGACCUGUUCCUUAUGCUUGGAGACAGUGUUCGAUCCAGUUUCUCUUACCUGCGGUCAUAUCUUCUGUUACUUUUGCUGCUGCUCUUCUGCAUCAGUUUCUAUUGUCGAUGGUCUCCAGUCUGCAGAUCACAAAGCAAAAUGCCCUUUAUGUCGGAGGGGAGGAGUAUACGAGGGUGUUGUGCGCUUGGAGGAGCUAAACAUGUUAUUGAGACGAAGAUGUCCCGUGUACUGGGAGAAGAGAUUGCGGACUGAGAGAGCUGAUAGAGUUCACAAGGCCAAGGAACACUGGGAAUCCAUGAGUCGAGCAUUUGUGGGUGUCUAAGACUAAAGAUUAAUUCAGUUUUAUUGGUUUCUUUCAGCUUUUUCCUAUCAUCGCCUGCGGAGCUUGCCUAUGAUUAAUUUAGUAGCUUUUGUUUGGUGCAUUAAACUUUACUGCUGCUUGCUUGUAUUUAGGUAUCUGUUUUAUGUGUUUGUUUUCUCGAAGUAGUGUACAUAUUCCACGCUUGGUUUGGUUGGAGGGGAGGUAGACUAACGUAAGGGACAAAUUAAAAAAUUCGCUUUGGCCAGGAGUUUUUAGAGUGUAAGGUGAAGUAAAGUGAGGUGAGGAGAGAAAAAAAAUGUAAAAUGAACUAAAAAAUUAAAAAGAUGUAAAAUGAACUAAAAAGUGAAGAGAGAAAAAAUCGCUCCAGUUGGGAUGGAGAUGAGAGUGAGAAGAGAGAAUAGGCUAAAUGAACU